ACCCCAUAAUUAUCGCGAGUGCCCAGAAAACAGCUCAGCCGCAUAAUGUCCAGGCCUAAAGCUAACAUUCUAGCAUGUGCAUUCUGCGAAUACAAGUACUGCCCUGAGGACUGCUUGAACAGCCUCACGAAGCCCAGAGGUGCAGACAGCACUGCGAUCUACUUACUUUCAAAAUGCUGGCUCCCGUACAAUCGUUUCUCUGCGCACUAGCCAUCGGAGCUGCCCAAGCACUUCGCUCUUCCGAAGAGCUUCCUCAUUUCACCCUCAAAGCUGCCCGGGCCAACCUCUUUUCAGACGUCACUCACACCCAUGAACUCUCGACAAGAGACAUCCUCUCAGCCCACGAUCUGCGUACAGUACGCUCCGAGUCCGGCGACGAAGCCAUCGUGGACGAAUCCCUCCUGCGCCGCGGCGUACUCGCAGCAUCGGGCACCGACUUCGUCGACCUCUCCUGGGACCCCCUCUCCCCAACUACUCCUUACCUCCUCAUCCGCGAUGGAGAGCAGCUCGCCAACCUAACCGCUGGGACUACUGCCUACCGCGACACCACCGCCACCCCCGGCUCAACCUACCGCUACGAUAUUGUCCCCCUCCUCAAGAGGGACGACUUGAACCCCAACGCCGAGCGCUGGUCCCUCCAAGUGCACACUCCUGCCCGCGACACCAACACCACCUCUCACAUCGCCUCCAUCGCCAAACGCGCGGCAGCGACCACGACCCUGUCCUGGGUCACCUUCAUCCCUCAAAAGCGCAUCGACGCACCCGUCAAGGCGGGCGUAACCCUCUGCACGUACGGCAAGGGCUACCAGUUCGGCGGCGACAACCAUGGUUUCGACUGGAAAGCCUCGAGCUACCGCACCGCCGCGCACGCCGUCAUCACCUGGUCGAGCAAGAAAGUAGAGGGCCACACGUCAGUCGGCACGACGCACGUGUACAAGAAGUCGACCGGCAAACUGGUGUCGGAGAAGACGGCGUCGAAGAAGGACAUGGUGGCCAAGAAACUCGGGGCGUCGGGCAGCUCCGUGGAUAUCAGGAUGGUGACGCAUGCGAAGAAUCCGUAUUGCCCCGGUGGUGCGAUUGAUGGGGCGUUUACCAUGUCGCUGUCCAAGGGGGGGAGCUGGUCGAUAAGGUCGGGUAACCAUCGGCAGAUGCCGAAUCAUCAUGUUUAUAUCUACAACGGGGGGAAGGUGACGAAUGUGUAUACGAGGAAGUAUGCUAGUGAGUGGUGCCUCGUGGGUGGCGCGACGUGCGACCUUGCGAAUCUGGGUGGGUUGUAUGGCGAUUUCAAAUAGGGUGAUGGGUUGGGCGAUGUGCCACAGUUACUGUGAGCCUUAGCAUACACGUAGAGAGAAAUAAGCAUAACCCAUAUUGGACAGCCAGCGAACUUCUAUUGCAUCGGCAUAGUAUGAGCUCUGAGAGCAAGAGAAUGCCCUGUGGCCUCAGUGAACUCUGCUGGAUACCAUCAUAGGACCAGUGGUGUGCGGUUUGCUCAAUUCCGUCAACAACAGCGCUGGAUAAGUGUUUGGGUCUGGGACAGCACGAACGAGUUCCCAAGUGGUUUUGUUAUUAGAUGCAGGUCACUGGACGCUAAGAGAGAUGAGCGGGAUGUGGUGGUAAACC